CGCCUUUCCCACAAAUACACGACUAUGGAUCGAACCCAGGACCCUUGAUCCUGGACUCGAGUUGUUGACUCGGAAACUGAAGAGUUCUGAAAUCCCUGAUAGGUCCCGAUGUUGUUGAAACGUACUUUACACCAAUUUCCUACUUUAUCCGACUCUUUUUAUUUCAGAACAUAUUAGACAGUGGAUAGUACACUGAUGUGUUACGACGUAACUGUACAACUGAUAUGCAAUGCAACAAAACAGUGUUUGUUCAACAUCACGUACGGUGUGAGAGGGACCGGAGUAACCCCGCAUAUCCUGAAGCAGAGAGAUUUUGGCAUUUCCGCACGAGUUGAGCUAGUCCCUACCAAACUCCCGCAUGGCCGAAUAGUAAUGGGGGCUUUGGCGAAGUUAGGAAUAAAAGCCUAGCAGCAGUUGCCUAGGACUGCAUUGUCCGGCCGGCGGGAAAGACUUAAAGGCUGACCGAAAUCCCAUGGCAACUUAUUUGUCCCUAUUUGGCCAAAUUCUUCUCUUUUUUCAUCCAGCUGACACGUCUGCUUGAAGACUAGAGUUGUGCACUGUUCUCCAAAACACGCAUCAAUUUUCAGGGUUCUGAUAACCUAGCGGUCGCGACGCUGAUCACGACGUGACUUGGAGUCAAGAGGUGUACAGACAUUUGUUUGCUCAGGACAGAAACAGGCACGUUUCGUGUUCACAGAAAACCCGUUCACAGUGGAACGUCAAUCAAACAAAGUCGUAAAAUCAGAGGCUUCCUUCCCUUCAUAUCAUAAGAGGUUUGGCCCACAACAUGGACGGACAUCAAGACGUACAGAUGCGCCCUUCAACUGCGCCAACUUUCGUCACCGGGUUUCGACAAAUCUUCUACCUCGUUACUCCAUCUGAGACUACAUUUGAGGCUCUAGAGGAAGUUCCGAACUAUGUGAAGCAGGCAAUGCCCUUUGUAGUUAUCUUGUUCCUGGUUGAGACGUUGGUUGCCUGGAUACAGAACAGGACCACGCCCAGGUUCAGUAAUGUCGUCGCCUCAGGGGGUGUUGCACUUGUCACACAAACCGUCAGGCUCCUGACUGUAGGUGUUGAAAUGAUGGCGUACGUCUGGCUGUAUCGUCACAUGCGAUUGGUAGAUAUGUUGUGGGACUCAUCUUUGACCUGGUGGGCAGCAUUCUUUGGGGUGGAAUUUGGCUACUACUGGAGCCAUAGACUGCACCAUGAGGUGAACAUACUAUGGGCCGCACAUCAGGUCCAUCACAGCUCCGAUGAUUACAACAUUCUGUCAUCACUACGGACAUCAGCAUUCCAACGCUGUACCUCUUUUCUCCUGUACUUACCCCUGGCCUUAGCAGUGCCCCCUGCUGCUUUUCUGGUUCAUUACCAAUUGAAUCUUCUAUAUCAGGCUUGGCUACACACAGAGGUGGUUGGUUCCCUGGGUCCCCUGGAGUACAUCCUGAACACACCGACUCACCACAGGGUUCACCACGGCAGGAAUCAGAUGGGAAAGAACUUUGGCGGAACACUCAUCAUUUGGGAUCGAAUAUUUGGCACUUUUCACCAGCAGAGUGGACCACUGAUGUAUGGUUUAAGAACUGCUGUCAACACGUGGGACCCAGUCUGGAUACAGUUUCAUCACUUUGUGUGUAUCUGGAAUACAUUCUGGAAAACCCCUGGGCUGUGGAACAAGUUGCGUGUGCUGUUUGCCAAGCCGGGCCAGGCAGCCGGCAAACCUCAACUGGGAUCUAUCCAGGGGCUUCAUAAGAUACAGCAAGCACCAAAAUACGACAGUAAGGUAUCCACGGGUUGGGUGUUCUACGUACUGAUGCACUUUCUACUCGCUUUGCUGACUUCCAGGACAAUUCCCAAGGAUAUGAGUAUUUUGGCAACCGUCGGUAAACUGGCAACUAUGAUGUGGACACUGUCUUGCAUGGCAGCAAUUCUGGACUGCAGGCCAACUGCUCCGCUCAUGGAACUGUCCCGUUGUGUGUCCGUGUUGGGAACAGGUUUCCUACUGUGCCUCUCUGGUGGCCUGCUGACGUCACAGCCUCUCCUGACAGCUGUCACUCUGGCCUGUCACGCAGGGUCUGCAGUCCUCUGGAGUGUGGAUCUGAUGGGGACGGGUUUUCUGCGCGUUAAAAAUCUGCGCGCGCGUUAAAAAUCUGCGCGCGCGUUAAAAAUCUGCGCGCGCGUU